AUGGCCCUUCAGCGUCGUGAUCUGGUACUGCUGGGCAUCGGUGGUUUUAUUGCCUGGGGUCUAGCUGUUCGUUGGAUUCCAGUCCUGCGAUACUUAGGCUAUGCCGUCAGUCUAGGGAUUCUUCUGGCAUCAUCAGCCUUGUUGGGCCUCGUCCUCUUUACUAUAAGGAACCCUCCUCAUUUGGCAAAUCCCACCUGUCACAGGAACAUCUCCAUUGCAGCCGUUGCCCCCGACCACUGGCAUCAGGAGUUACAGGAGCUUGAAAGACGCUCUACCUACCAGCCAACACCCCUCUAUUCGUCAUCCUUCGUUGUGUCGGAAGGCAUUGAUGAGCUUCUAGCGCUACUCACCCGAGACUUUAUCGCAUCCUGGUACAAGAGUAUCAGCCCAAACCCGGUCUUCAUGAACGAAGUCGAUCGAGUGAUUAGAAUAGGGAUUGGGAAUCUGCGCGAUAGGAUAUUGGAGGAAGACAUUGUUUCUCUCAUUGUGUCCCGCGUCUUUCCCAUCUUGACCUCACAUCUCAAAGAAUUUGACGUCGCAGAGCGGUCAGUACGCGGACGGAAUCUGACUCGAAAUGUCACCGAAUCGGAAGAGCUGGAUCUCGCAAUUGCGAACAAGUAUCGCGACGGCCACCUCCACCCAGCUGCAGCUCUGUCGUUGGCGGAUCAAAAACUAGUGGAGCAAGGGUACCUUCGGAAAAUCGCCGUUGGGCUGCUCCCACAGCUAGUCCCCGAACAUGUCCUCAAAAGUCGUAUCGUCUCGGUAUUGGUUAAAGAAAUACUCGCCUGCGCAGUCCUCUCUCCCUUCGUGUCGACAUUGUCGGACCCAGACACUUGGAACCAGUUGAUGGAAGCUUAUGGAAGAACCGCUCUCCAGGACCGUAAAACGGUACGAAAGCUUCGGGCUGCUUUGGAUGAGCAUGCUUCGCCCGUAGCGAAGUCUAAACAUGCGCAACAAUUCCCCCGGCUCAAUCCACACGAUUCCGAACGUGCUUUCGAGCGGUUUGUCCGGGCCAUCCGCCGCUGCAACAAUCUAUCGGAUGCCAGGCGGUUCAGAGCACUUGUCACGAGUCAGUUGAAACGGGAGACAAUGGUUGAGGGACAGGACCAGAUUUAUCUCCGCCGUUUAGAGACUGGAAAGAGAGUUUUGGACCAAAAGGUAUCCAAACUUUCAACAAGUGCUGGCGGCCCCAUCUCGUAUGCCUCCGCAGUGACGUCGCACUUUCACCGCAAGAACUCCGUGCCUCAUGAGGCUUCGUUGGUCGACGUGAUGCACGAUGCCUCGGGACUCUCGUACUUUAUGGAAUUUAUGGAUCGCCAGCAGCUUAUGUCCCUUGUACAAUUCUGGAUCGUGGUUGAUGGUUUUCGCAACCCACUGGAAGAUGAUUUUGGGGAUGAAAAUUCCCCAAGUUCCACAUCCUGGACAGCGACGGAUCGAAAUGAUAUGGCUCUGAUAAGUGAAACAUAUCUGUCAAAGCCCGAACUCAACGUGACAGCAGAGUCACGUCAAGCAGUGAAAUCGUUCUUGAGUGCGGGCAAGCGGGCUACCCCUGAACAGUACCGCAAAGCUCGGACGGUAGUUCUAACAACGCAGUCUGCGGUUCUAGAAGAGCUUCAGAACGUCUACUACCCCAAGUUUAAGCAGUCGGAUUUGUAUUACAAAUAUCUCGCUUCGGACGAAGUGUCACAUCCUAGGUCUCAUACCUCACCGGAGCCUCAAGGGAGCUCCACAGUCAGUACGGAAGCAUCUGAGAGACGACCCCUGCCCCCCUUGAUGGGACGCACGGCAUCACAUCCAGGCACUAAGUCAAAAGACCUUCGGAGAGCCGCUGUGUCUUCAAGUGAUGUUCGGAGCAUGGGCAAAUUAUUUGACGACGACGAGCCCGUGCGGCGCUCCUUCGAUUCAGAACGGUCAGCUCCUCUAUUUGACGAUGAUUACGAUACCGACCCUCUUGCAACGUCAACUCAUAGCCUGAGCCGGGAUUCCCAAUCUGGCGAGAAUGAGGCGAAUCAAAACAAAGUGAUAGAAACAAUGGAGGCCGCGCUGAAUGAUAUCAUUACUAACGAACCAAAAGCCAGCAGACUAGAAGAUCUCAAAGGCACUGGUAUAUCUUCAUCUGGGUUGUUGAGCAUUGAGGAGAACCCAAAAUCUCCCGGCAGCUCGAUGGAAACAUCACGAACAGACAAUCGGACAGAUGACAGGGCCAAGCCUAGUAUUGCCUCACUAGGACUUAUAGACCAAUCCUCGCGUCUCGGGGUUUUUGUUGAUGAUCUUUUCCCUGACCAGCAGAGGUUUAUUGAAGAUGAAUAUGAAGAACCGGGCACAGAUGACAAAGAUCCCGCCGAUGAGGUUCACAAGGCUGCUCCUGGAGACCUUGGGCUGACAGAAGCAGUUGAGGCACUCACUGCUGAUAUCGAAAAACUUGGAUCUCAAGAAUCAGUGGUAGACGCUCUAACCCGAAAGGCAGAGCUCACGAACAACACGGCAGAGCUCCGAAUCCUACGGAAGUCCAAAGCUAGCAUCCGACGUGAAAUCCAACGGAAAGAGAUGCAGCGACAACAGUACAUCAUUCAGGAAAGUGACAACAGCUUGUACGGCCGGUCGGCCGUGCGAAUCAAGUCCAUCGUUGUGGGCAAAGAGGAGGACGGACGAGAAUUUGCCAUGUACGUGGUCGAAGUCCAACGAAACGCUGGGGAGCAGAUGCCCGCGGCGUCUUGGGCCGUUGCUCGCCGAUAUAGCGAAUUCCAUGACCUUCAUCACAAACUUCGCAUGAGAUACCCAUCAGUUCGCAACCUGGAGUUCCCUCGGCGCCGUGUGGUUAUGAAACUACAGAAAGAAUUUUUGCAGAAGCGACGCUUAGCGCUAGAGGCAUAUCUACAGAAAUUGUUGCUGUUACCUGAGGUGUGUCGCAGCCGUGACCUACGCGCCUUUCUGUCCCAAAGGGCCAUCAUCCCACGCGACGAGACGCCUCCUGAGGGAGAGGCCAAAGAUUUAGUGAGUCGAAUUUACAACUCGGUAGCAGAUGGGAUGGAUGACUUUCUGGGUAAUUUUGGAGUGCUAGAUCAACUGUCGACAGCCGGCCAGAGCCUUAUUUCAGCAGCUACCAGCCAACAGAAUACCGUUUCUCCUGGCUCGGGACUGGCCACCGAAGAUGCCGUAACUUCAGCGGAGGCGGAGGCAGAGCUGAAUGCAUUCGAGGAUCGUGAGCUGGAACCAUUCAUCAAGCCGAUCUGUGAUCUGUUUCUGGAGGCAUUUGAGCUGAACCGGGGGAACAACUGGCUGCGGGGGCGCGCUGUAGUCGUCGUCCUGCACCAACUCUUGGGAGGUACGAUCGAACGCAAGGUGCGUGAAGGGGCUCGGUCGUUGAUGCAAGACGAGCCCCUGCUACGGUAUCUUGCUCUAGCCAAGGAGAGCCUGUGGCCAGGAGGCUCGCUGCGUCAGAGUAAAGUUCGCACGGCAUCGGAACGGCUGAGAAGUCGCACCGAAGCCAGCCUGGUCCUCGCAACGUUGAUCCCAGAUCUGGCCGGCAAUGUUGUAGGGCGAGCCAAUGCACAGGGAGCAGCACGACGGAUCUUUGCAACCUGGAACAACCAACGUUUAAAUGCCCAUCUGGUGUUCACCAUCCUGGAUGAGAUCAUCUCUGUCCUGUUCGGCGGGGGAGAAGCGGCCCGAGGGCGAUGA